AUGACUCGAUCGGCUCCGAGCGGACGGGUAUUCGCCGCUCAAGCCCAAACCGAGGAACCUGCUGAGGCCGAGGAGCGCCAUAUGUUGGCAGUGCUCAAGAAGUUGAAGGACUUCGGCGUUAUCUUGGGAAUGGACUGGCUCUCGAAGUACUAUGCGACCAUUGAUUGCAGGAGUAAGGGUGGAGCUUUGGUUGACCCAAGGAAAGUGGAGGCGAUCAAGGAUUGGCCUCGCCCGACAAAUGUCAUGGAAGUUCGAAGCUUCGUGGACUUAGCGGGCUAUUAUCGACGGUUCGUGGAAGGUUUCUCGAAGAUUGUAAUUCCACUUACUCAUCUGACCCAGAAGGGCACCAAGUUCGUGUGGAAUGACGAGUGCGAUCGGAGUUUUCAAGAGUUAAAAGAAAGAUUAACUACGACUCCGGUGCUCGCUCUGCCGGUGCAAGGUGAAGACUGUGGUUUAUAG